AUGGGCUAUAAUGUGCCAGCGAUUCUGCCUUUCGAGUAUUGGUUGCCCUUCGAUCCAACGCAGAGCGUCUCAUGCUACAUGACAAUGUUAACUUUACAGGCUUGGCAAGCUAUAGUCACCAUCUGGUUAUCUAUGGGCGGCGACUUGCUGAUAUGCACAAUUUUAAAUCACAUCACUUUGCAGUACGAUCUUCUUGCAGCAAAAAUCACGAAGCUUAAAUAUCUACCAAUCGUUAGACAGGGUGAUCCAAAACAUACUUUCGAAAAGGAUAGGCCGCCCCUGCCCUUUUUUGAGCAACCGCCAAAUGUUAGAGCGAAAAUAGCAAAAGCGAAGGUAUGCCUGCCUGGCGACGGAUUCCUCGGUGCGAUGCCUAAACUCUAUCGGUCUCCCUCUAGCAUUUGCUAUAUGAGUAUCAGAAAAGAAAGGCCGUCAGUGUGUUGUCAAAUGCAGCUCAACUCUUUGUUGCGCGAUUGUGACAUUCACGAUAGCCACGCGCUACAGUAG